AUGCCUCAAGCCGAAGUGCCUCAAGUUGAUGGUCCUCAAGUCGGAAUGCCACAGGCCGAAGUACCUCAAACCGAAGUUCCUACAACCCAAAUGCCACAAGUUGAUGUACCGUCAGCACGAGUUCCUGCAGUUGAAAUGGUCUCCAAUGAAGGCUUGUCCCCAUCUGUUCACAGACACAUCGGCUCCAGACGAACCACUUCCUUUUCAAUUACUCUCAAUGAACCAUGCCAACCACAAUUAGGGUUACCAGAAGGUGUUCCUUCUACAUCUAAGGACAUCCAAGAUCGCAAGUUCUUGGUGGCUAAUGCGCAGGCAGAACACUACCCAAUCAUCUACUGCAACGACGGUUUUUGCGAGAUGGUGGGGUGGAGGCGAGCCCAGCUCAUGCAGAGAUCCUGCAUCUGCGAGUUCCUGCAUGGACCCCUGACGUCAGCGGUGGCCGUCCAGCAAAUCCGGGACUGCUUGGCGUCCUGUCAUGAGAAACAGCUGGAAAUACUGUACUACAAGAAGGACGGCUCAAAAUUCCUGUGCAGCCAAGUUACAGCCCCCAUCAGGAACGAAGAUGGCGUCAUCUCUAUGUUCAUAGUCAACUUCGAAGACAUCACGAACGCCCCCUAUCGAGAUGCAGUGGUAUCGCCUCUCCCAAGCCCCGCGAGAAUCCUGCUGAACAGGUUUCCUGCUUUAUGGCGCCUCAUUCCGCGAAGCCGACUGAAGCCGGGGCUUGCCAGGGACGCACCUCACAGGGACGCCGGCGAAGAUCGUCUGAAGAAGAUGCGCCUCAAGUUUUCCAGGGGUCGAACCAAUCAGGAGGAUCAGGAGCUUACUGUCGAGUCUCCGGACUCUACUCAGGCAAGAUCAAGGAGCCACGUCGUGACCCUAGGUGCUAACCGGGACCAGGAUUCUCAAUCCACCAGGGGUGACUAUGCAUCCCCAAGGGACUGUCCAGAUGCCGGAAGUGAUAAUUCCCGCUCGAAACAGUUCUCUACUACUGCAAAUCACCUGGUGAAGUCGUUGCCGAAUGCAUCCUCGGAUUCGGACCUGACCCGGUUCCGAUACGGGUCCCCCUCUUUCAGCAACGACGAUGGAAUGCCCGGCGUCAGGGGCAUCUCUGGGGCCCCCAAAGAGAACAGCCAAUCGUCGACCACUUCCAAAUUUCUCAGGGACAUGCAAGCUCACAGCAAACAUCACGUGGGGGAGAAAGUCGCCCAGUUAAAGAUAUUGGGAAAAGUUGCUUUGCCACUUCACCAAGAACCAACUUGGGUAAGUUUGCUUGCGCCACACUUGACACUGCAACAUUUUUGUCACAUUUUUGAGCAUCUUUUACAAUUUUUCUUACUCCUAAAAAUAUUUUCUUGAUUCUGCACAUUCGGAUACAUCACUGCACCUAACAUUUCACCUUUUUGCAUUUGACAAUGCAUCUAAUGUCAAAAUAGCUGAUUUUAUCAUGGUUGUUUAAUAGACCUGAUACUG